AUGCACGUUUGUGGUAAACAAAAUAAGUUACUUAGGCACAUCAUAUCCACCAUAGGAGUAGAAGUAGACCCGGAAAAACUCGACGCCAUCCAAAAUUGGCCGACACCUAAAAAUCUCACCACAUUACGUGGAUUUCUCGGCCUUACUGGCUAUUAUCAUCGUUUCGUGCCCAAAUACGCAACGAUUGCAGCAGGUGUCACCGACAUUCUCCGUAAGCCACACUUCGCAUGGUCACAUGAGGCUCAAUCUUCUUUUCAAAAUCUUAAGAUUGAUAUGUUCCACCUCAUCACACUUACCCUACUUGAUUUUACAAAAUCCUUUGAUAUAACCACAUAUGCAUCAAACAUCGCCAUCAGAGCCGUUAUCUUUCAACAGGACCGCCCCAUCGCUUUUUUCAAUAAGAGAUUAUGCAAUUGCAUGCAAAGCGCUUCCGCUUAUGUCCGUGAACUUUUGUCAUAG